AUGGAUAGUGAAAGAGAAUCGGCAUUGCCGCCUCAUGUAUUCAUAUUCCCCUUACCAAUUCAAGGGCCAGUCAACUGUAUGCUAAAACUUACAGAGCUCUUCUGUAUUAAUGGCCUGAAAGUAACUUUCCUAAACUCACAACACAUCCAACGUUGUUUAUCAAGCUGCACUAAUACUGAAUCAUACUUUCAACGCUAUCCCAAUUUUCGAUUUGAAACCGUGCCGGAUGGCCUUCCCGAAGACAAUCCCCGCACAGUCAAUGAAUUUUUCGAGAUGUUGGAUUCUAUGAAAGCUGUGGGUGUGCCACUAUUUCGGGAAAUGGUAACUUCUGGUCCUUAUGGUCCCAACUCUGAGAACCCAAUCACUUGCAUGGUGGCCGAUGGAGCAUUCUGCUUUGCAGUUGAUAUUGCUAAACAGAUUGGGGUUCCGCUCCUUUAUUUCGAUACUAUUAGCCCUUGUUGUCUAUGGACUUAUCCCUGCCUUCCCAAAUUCAUUGAAGCUGACGAGUUUCCUUUCAAAG